GAAAAGGAGAUGUAAACGACUGAGUUCCCCAUAUACAGCUUGAAGAAGUAAGUAGUACGUGUUUCUGUUUCAAAAUCACGUCUCUGGUCUCUCCCAAAUCCCAGUCGAGUGGAAAUUUCAAGCUUUUACCGGCGUUAUUUACCGUUCUGAGGCCAAUCAACGGAUCCCAUUCAAUCCUCAUCCAACGGCCAAACCAUCCGGCGGGGUCCCAAACCUCCCGUCCUACUUUCUUUCCCUCGGCGGCAUGGCCUCGUUGAUCCUCCGCUCCAAAUCCAAUGCGCGCUACGCCAGGAGCACCAAGGCCAUGCCUCGCCUCCACUCCGCCACGCCAAUGGCUACCCUCCGCCUCCGGCACUUCUCAUCCACCCCGCCGUCCUCUCCUCGUCGGCUCCGCAGCGCACUUGCCUCCGCCACGGAGCGCGUGCGCGCCGGGACCCUCACGCCGGACGACGCACACCACCUGUUCGACGGAUUGCUGCGCCAAACGGCUCAGGUCCCCGAGAGCGUCCUGAACGGCUUCCUCUCCGCCCUAGCCCGCGCGCCGGCCUCCGCCGCCCUCAGAGACGGGCCCGCCCUCGCCGUCGCGCUCUUCAACCGCAUGUCCACCGGCACCGGCCCCCGGGUCGCGCUGCCGACGGUCUACACCUACAGCAUCCUCAUCGACUGCUGCUGCCGCGCCCGCCGCCUGGACCUAGCUUUCGCCUUCUUCGGCUGCCUCCUCAGGCAGGGCAUGAAGGCAGACGUCAUCGUUGUCAGUUCCCUCCUCAGAGGCCUCUGCGACGCCAAACGGACCGACGAGGCUGUGGACGUGCUGUUCCACAGGAUGCCCGAGCUGGGCUGUGUGCCUGAUGCCAUCUCCUACUCCACAGUUCUGAAGAGCGUAUGCGACGAUGGUAGGAGCCAGUGGGCGCUCGACAUACUCCGGAUGGCCGUGAAACAAGGAGGCGGCUGCCCCUGCAACGUGGUGGUGUAUAGCACGGUCGUUCAUGGACUUUUUAAGGAGGGCAAAGUAGGUGAAGCAUGCGAUCUAUUCCAUGAAAUGACACAGCAGGGAGUUCCACCUAAUGUGGUGACGUAUAACUCUGUGAUUCAUGCGUUGUGCAAGGCCAGGGCCGUGGACAAGGCACAAGGGAUCCUCCGACAAAUGGUCGGUAAUGGUGUUCAACCGGAUAAUGUGACAUAUAAUACCUUGAUUCAUGGAUACUCCACUUUGGGCCAGUGGAAACAGGCGGUUAGGAUGUUCAAAGAAAUGACAAGUCGAGGUGUUAUACCAAAUACUGUUACUUGCAGCACGUUCGUAGCCUUCCUUUGCAAACAUGGAAGAAUUGAAGAAGCUAGAGAAUUUUUUGAUUCAAUGCUUGCAAAGGGGCACAAACUUAAUAUCAUCUCGUACUCUACUCUGCUUCAUGGGUACGCUACUGCAGGAUGCCUUGUUGAUAUGAGCAAUCUGUUUAAUUUGAUGGUAAGAGACGGUAUUGUACCUAACCAACAUGUUUUUAACAUACUGGUGAAUGGAUAUGCUAAAUGUGGAAUGGUGCGUGAGGCUAUGUUUAUUUUUGAAGACAUGCAGAAGCGGGGAUUAAACCCUGAUGUGCUCACAUAUUUAGCUGUCAUACAUGCUUUUUGCAGAAUGGGAAGUAUGGAUGAUGCUAUGGACAAAUUCAACCAUAUGAUUGAUAAGGGAGUUGAACCAAACUUUGCUGUUUACCAGUGCCUGAUUCAGGGGUUUUGUACUCAUGGUGAUUUGGUGAAAGCUGAGGAAUUGGUUUAUGAAAUAAGGAACAAAGGACUUGGUCCUUGCAUACUGUCCUUCGCUUCACUAAUAAACCACCUAUGCAAAGAAGGAAGAGUGUUUGAAGCACAACGUAUCUUUGACAUGAUCAUACGUACUGGUGAGAAGGCUGAUGUUAAUAUAUUUACUUCACUGAUUGAUGGAUAUUGCUUAAUUGGUAAGAUGAGCGAAGCAUUCAGAGUACAUGAUGCUAUGGUAUCAGUUGGCAUUGAACCUGAUAUUGUUACAUAUGGUACACUUGUUAAUGGCUGUUGUAAAAAUGGUAGGAUUGAUGAUGGGUUGAUUUUAUUCAGAGAAUUAUUGCACAAGGGAGUUAAACCUACAACUUUUACAUAUGGCAUUAUACUGGAUGGGUUAUUUCAUGCUGGGAGAACUGCUGCUGCAAAGGAAAUGUUCCAAGAGAUGAUUGAAAGUGGAAUAGCAGUGACAAUUCCCACAUACAGCAUACUUCUUACUGGACUUUGUAGAAAUAAUUGCACUGAGGAAGCAAUCACGGUUUUUCAGAAGUUAUGUGCAAUGAAUGUGAAAUUUGAUAUUGUAAUUCUCAAUAUCAUGAUAAGUAAAAUGUUCAAGGCUCGGAGGAGAGAAGAAGCUGAGGGUUUGUUUGCCUCAAUACCAGAUUAUGGGCUGGUACCUACUGUUCAGACGUACACCAUAAUGAUGGAAAACCUUAUAAAAGAAGGGUCAGUGGAAGAAGCUGAGGGUGUCUUUUCAGUAAUGUUGAAGAGUGGCCUUUCCCCCACUUCUCAUUUUAUAAAUGUUAUUGUUAGAACAUUACUGGAAAAAGGUGAAAUAGUCAAGGCUGGAAUUUAUAUGUGUAGAGUUGAUGGGAAGAGCAUCUUGUUUGAAGCUUCAACUGCUUCUAUGUUGUUGUCUCUCUUUUCAUGUAAAGGGAAGCACCGGGAACACCUAAAUUUGCUCCCUGCAAAGUACCAGUUUUUCGGGGGAGGCAGCAAAAGCUGAAUAGUUGAUAUAUUUUCUAUCGAAAUGCAAGUCCUUAGAAGGCACGGUUGGGUCGAGGCUUUGCUUGUCAAAAGGUCCUUCAACUGGUACAAGUAAUGAAAACUACCUGUGUGUAAGGACAUAUUUGUUAACUUCUCAGAAGGCACAACUGAGGUUCCGGUUUCAAGUAUAACAGCUUAUCUUGGCGAUUGGUGCUAGUUAUAGAUAUGUGUUGUGCCACAAGAAGCAAGAUGAAUACCAAUGUAGUCUUUUCUAGCUUGGUUCCCACCUCUUGGCCUUUAAGUAAUGAUUGAUGUCAUCAGUCUCCUUCAUUCAGCUGGGCAGUUGCUCAAUUUAUUUAGUCCUGCGGAUCUUUUGCAUAGGUCCCCCAGCUAAAGAAGAGGGUGAGGUUCCUGGGUCUGAGUUGGAUCCUGACACAAGGAGAGGGCUUCUCAUAUUAAGCAUGAUCAACACAUAACAGAUUUUACACCACCACGUCCACUUCCCACAGGACCUCCUGUACAAAUCUCAGUACCACCAGAGCAAUCUUAUCAAAGUUGGUUUCCUAUAGAGCCUCAACUGUGUUUCGUUUAGAAUCUGAUGCUGCACAUUAUGAUCAAAAGCAAUUGGUUGCUGCAUCCAUCAUACUUCCCUGGUGGGGAUAAUCAUCCUAUAUCUUCUGAUAGAUUUAACAGCCAGAACCAGAGAUAUCCUUCUCAGUCGUCUCACAAGGAUGAUCCAUCAUAUACUUCCGAACCGAGCACCUACAGCCUAUAGAUCAUUUCCUGGUAUCUCUUGCUGCAUGUUUGAUAUUUCUGAUGUUCAUCUUGAGGUUAGCAGUUGCAUAGGAUAAAACAUGGUCCAUGUCUUCUUUUUGUGCUUACUGAACAUGGCUUAAGAUGGUAGGAUUAUGCUAUUCCAGUCUACUAUCUUCUCAUACUAUCCCUGCACAAUUGUUUAUUUGUGUUUGUAUCACCUGCUUGAAUGUGAGCUUUGUGUUCGAUUUUUUUCAUGUAGAAACCUCAUUAAUUUUCACUUGUCGAAUUUUGAAAUUAUUUACACUUUGUCACCAUGUCAUGUUAAAGUGUUCGGUUUCCAUCAUACGUUCAUAACUAUAGUAAUAUGUUCUUUGUUAAUAAUGUUUGCUAGUUCGGCAUUGCAAUUUAAUUUGGGUUUUGACAGAAAUGACAAGACAUUAUGGCUUGCACAGAAAUAUUGAGUUUACCUCUUUUCAAUUAGUGUUACUAGCUUGUUAUAUCUUUGCUUAUAAUGUCUGUUAAUAUGUACGGUCCAACCAUAUACCCAUUCACAUGAGUAGUUGCUAGUAAAGUUACGUAACUCAUGUUGUGAAAAGUCUGGCCUAUUAUUCAUUAUUUUCUGUAAUUGUAAUUAAGAAAAAUAUGGUUAGUCACAUGCAUAGUUAGCUGUGAAGAUCACUGUGCUACUUCGCCCUGUUGCAAGCACAUGAGCCAACAAAUAUACCGUACUUAAGUGUCAUUCUUCUUUGUUCAAUGGUGCUCCCGUCUAGAUUAUCUUAAGCAGUGUCUGAUUUUGAAGGAGUGGAUAUAAAAAAAAUCUAAUGUGUCCCUUUAAGUCACAGGAGCAGCCAAACGUAAUCAGGACGCUAAUUUGUAUAUACAGACACAUCUGGUGGUGUAUUGCAGGAGUUCUCUGCAAAGUGUGGCUUUAUGGUAGUUUUGAUGCGGAAAGUCAGACAAUAAUUAUCUCCUUUCCGUAUUAGAUUACUGUAUCUGAUGUGUUUCUUUACUCAUUUUUAGGUGUGCUACCAUUCAAAAUCAUGUGAUACUACAGAGUUGCAUUUCUUGGCUGAGGUACAAUAGUGCCAUCUUUUCUUUUAUAAACAAUGGUGUGAUGAAAAUUUCCUUUUACUGGCAAUUCUGAAAACUUGAGGUCAAUAUCAGGAUAUGUACUCCCUCCGAUCCAUAAUAAGUAUCUCAGAUUUUGUACUAACUUAGUACAAAGUUGUACUAAAUCCAAGACACUUAUUAUGGAUCAGAGGGAGUACUUGGUAGCAGGUGUUAAUGAUCCAUGGCUCCCUGCAAUGCACUGAUGAUCAUGUAGGUAAAAGCAUAUAUUAACAUUUCACCAACAAUUUAAGUUUUCUGAUAAAUGCAAAUUACUACUACCUCUGUUCCUAAGAGCCUGUUUGGGAGGGCUCCACUUCACAGCUUCAGCAGUGGAGCAGGUGAAGUCGUCCCAAACGCUCUAAACUUCACCACAUAGCUGAAGUGACGCCAUAUACCUCUCUAGUUCAUUUUACUGAAGCCAAGAAAGAGGUGCUUCACCUGCUCCACUUCACCUAAACUUGAAAUAAUUUACCCACCAAUGCCAUUACUGAACCGAACCGUUAUGUUUCUAUCCCAAGCGCCAGGCCUGACUCCUCGUCUCCCUCCAAUCGCCAUCGACAGAUCGAGACGGGCGGAGGCCCAUGGCGGCUCAUCUUCAGCCCUAGCAGAGCCGGCCGCCAUCCAUCUCCGAUGCUCCCGCCGGGAUCCUUCUCCGGCGAGCCCGCCCGUUCUCCGAGCCCUCAAGCCCGCCGCCAAGGGGAUUCGCCGCCGCCAAGAAGGUACCAACUUCGCCGUCCCCCUCUAUUCCCUCUGGCCCAUGGCGGCUCAUCUUCAGCCCUAGCAGAGCCGGCCGCCAUCCAUCUCCGGUGCUCCCGCCGGGAUCCUUCUCCGGCGAGCCCGCCCGUUCUCUCGGUGCCCUCGAUCUCGUUCGCCUCGUUCUCCCGCGCCCUCGAUCUCGUUCGCCUCGUUCUCCCGUGCCCUCAAGCCCGCCGCCAAGGGGAUUCGCCGCUGCCAAGAAGGACAUUGCCGCCUCUGAACCAAGUUCUUCUUCUCUCUGAUUCCUCUUCUCCAUCGAUUGAGCCUGGAACUAGAAGGUAGCAGGUCUUCUUCUUUUGUUUCCUCUUAUUUGUUUCUCUCAUCCUCUCAUUUAUCUUACUCCGUACCAAAUUGUUCAUAUAUCACAAAUUGAAAUAUGUUACCAAAUUGUUGUAUGCCCAGAUUUAUGUUCAUAUAUCAGAAAUAGAAAUAUGUUA